AUGGAGCUCCCUCCGCCUGUCAUGGACCCGCCUCCGCCUGUCGUGGACCUUCAUCCGGUGCUGACUCCCGAGCAGUUGGGGACCAUUCAAGGUGAUAUCUGGACCAAAGGUUUCCCAAAAUACCAUGAGACCUACUACUUUUUCUCAAUCAAGACAGGCAAAGCAAGCCUCUUUUCUCAACGUCUGAAGGUCUUGGCGACGCAGACGCCACCACUCAUUUCAAGUUUGAAGAAAGCUCGUGAUGACCACAACUUCAUAUCCAUGGAAAGGGAGAAAUAUAUUACAGCAGAGAAGCUCAAAGGGAUUCCAAAAAAGGAGAUACAUCCUCCGACUGUGCCUAUUGCGAAUGCCCUGAUUGCCUUUACAAGCAAAGGCCUAAAGGCCAUACAAGACGAUUCUCCUUCGAAAAACCUAGGUUUGCUUGAUAUUGAAGACACAGACCCGGCAUUUGUUGCGGGAAUGUCGUCAGAUAAAGUCCGCACCACCCUAAACGACCCUGCUACCAAAAAGUGGGAUGUUCUCUUUCAAUCGACCAAAAUUCAUGGAUUGCUCAAGAUUGCCGGAAGCUCUCCGGAGAUGGUCAAGGAACGCCUGAUGAGGAUCCAGGUGACUCUGAAGCACGGCGAAGCCAUUGAAGAUGCCGCGCCUACAGAUUCUCAAGUUGUCGGCUGGACCAGGCCCAAUGAUCGUGGCAAAGAACACUUCGGGUUUGAGGAUGGAAUCUCCCAGCCACGGAUGAAUGGAAUUGAUUCUCCUGACCCAGCGCCGGAGCCGAAUAUGAAUACUGCGCAAGAACUUCUCAUUGUGACAGACAAGACCGCCUCCGAGAAUCAGGAUGUUCGGCGCCCUGCGUGGAUGCAAAAUGGAUCCUUUCUCGUUUUUCGCAAGCUCGAGCAAGAUGUUGCUGCUUUUGAGUGCCUUACAAAAAAAUACUGGGCGGCCACGAAAUGUGAAAGCCAAGAGCAGAUGGGUGCCAAACUCAUGGGAAGGUGGCAAAGUGGAGCUCCAAUUGCCACCUUUGAAACAAAAGACACGGCAGAUCCGGGGAAAGCGAAGGUGAUGAACAACUUUGUUUACGGUGCUGAAUCACCAUGCCCUGUAUCCGCACAUAUUCGAAAGACCAAUAUCCGGGAAAAGCUUGACGGUAAUGAGCCUGAUCAGAGGUGUCGUCGCACGAGAAUGAUCCGCAACGGGAUCCCAUAUGGACUUGACUAUAAGGGACACGAAAAUGACGGAUCGACGCGUGGACUCUUGUUUGCAUGCUACCAAGGUCAUAUUGAGGAUUCCUUCCAGCACAUGCAGGCGAGUUGGAGCAAUGAACCAACGUUCCGCAAUGCCGACUUUGGUCAUGACCCAAUAAUUGGCCAGGUCCCGGAUUCGUCUGAGGGGAAGCCUGGAAAACUGAAAACUUCCUUUCUCGGCAGCGACAAGAGUCUGCAAACCGUAGAAUUCGCUCCACUGGUGACUUUAAAAGGUGGUGAGUACUUCUUCGUGCCACCCAUCUCAGCUUUGAGCACACCCUUGGGUUCCGACGCGCCCGCCACCGGGCCCAGCACACGUACGGCCUAA